AAUUCGAAAGCGAUUCAAAAUGGCCCGAGCCGGGAACUGCCGAGAAGCAAAUAUUAGUAGAACAUAGAGUUGAUAGCGGUUAUGUGCAUCCCGCCAUAAGUGCUGGACGAUGAUGGAUCGGUGAUAGCAUCGUGAUGAUUCGUAAUAUUUAUAUCAACGACAGAUACUUUCAAAAAUCAACACAAUAACCAUGGAGGAGAGCCUCGAGGACAGUUUGCUAGACGAUGGGGAUGGCGUCGGGGAACUGACGGCGCAGACGGUGCUCCAGGAAAUCGAAAACGCUUGGAUGAACGAGAGGUUCGCUCCAGAGAUCUUGCCGCAUCAGUCCGACUUGGUGGACUGCAUGCUGCAACAGAUCGCGCACAUGGAAGAGAACAUCAAGAGGUUAGACAAGAACGAUCUGCGAACGUUAGUCCACCGGAUGGAGCUCGAUCGGAUCAAAUACAUCAUCAGCAGCUACCUGCGAGCACGCUUGGAGAAGAUCGAACGAUUUACGAUUCAUAUCCUGUCGGAGGAGACAAAUAGAAGUCCGGAGGAGGCUUAUUUGACUCCAGGUGAGUUGCGUUUCGCUAAGGAGUACCUGGCCAAUCUGGAAACAUUCUUCAAAACGGUGGCUUUACAACAUAUGCCAUCUAACUUUCAGCGAUUUGAAGCGAACAAGUUUACCAUUAAACCUAAUCUGCAGGCGCAUGUGUUUCUACGUGCUAAUCAAAGGGUUACUGGCAUAGUUCUGCCUGGUAUGUUGAAUGAAGAAAUAGACUUUGAGGAAGGUUCGCAGCAUAUCAUACAGUAUAGUGCUGUAGCGAACUUGGUCAAAUCUGGUGUAGUGCAGUUGAUUUGACCUGGAAUUGCAGUUCUUUAUUUUUCUUAUUUUAGAUCAAGGAAACAUAGU